ACAACCGCAUCAUCCCCAGCCAAGUUUCCAGUGUUCGUUCGCUUCGUCACGAUCGCAGGCAUCGCAGCGGAUCGGCAGAUCGGUCUCAUCGGCGGGGAGGAGAUGGGCGGCGGAGGAGGGCACGAAGGGAGCACCACGUACAAGGGAUUCACCAUCCACCACCCCAAGCGGUGGCACGUCGUCACCGGCAAGAGCCUCUGCGCCAUCAUGUGGUUUUGGGUACUUUACAGGGCUAAGCAAGACGGUCCAGUAGUCUUGGGUUGGCGUCAUCCUUGGGAAGGACAUGGUGAUCAUACUCAUGAGCAUUAGGAAUCUCAUUAAUAUUUCCAUUGAAGUACUAUGCGACUCAGGCUAAAUAAAGUUGGUUUGAGACACUGGAGCAUCGUGUAAGAUGUUUAUCUUCCUUUUUUCCUGAACUAAACCAAUGAAUUGUUUACCAAAGUGGCUAUUCUGCAUUCCAUAUUCUGCUGUUUGCCAAUAUGCUAAUGUGGAACAAUGAUGUGUUCUUUUCCAUGGCUAUCUUCAACUGUACACCAUGAAGAAUUUGAGCUCA